AUGAAACCAGGCGCUAAUUUGGUGGCUCGGGUUCUGAAUGAGUGCUUGGAGAUGGAGAAGGGCGUCAAGCCCGCUGUCUGUUUAUUUGAGGAGGUGAGGAUUAUGAGGUUAGGUGAGGCUGCUUUGCUUCGAGGGCUGAAACGCCGAGAUGGUAAGGCAGAUCGAUCCAUCACCGAUUUGUCGAUUGCUCAUUUCGAGGCUUGCUCAUGGCGAUGGUUAAAACUUGCGUUAUUGAUGCGAGAGCGGCAGCAUGAGAUCGGUGCAUUGACUGAGUUGAUGGCAGAGGUGGAGAAUUUGGUACCUAGACCCGUCGGUUUAUCUGAUACCUGGUUUCUGGCUGGUCUGCUCCAGAGAUUCCUUCCAUCCGGGAUUUUGUCAAGCUGGAUGCAUCCUUCGAUAGCUUCGCAGGGCGGCUGGAGUUGCCGGAAAAUGGUUUUUCGGGUCUCCUUCCCAGAUGAUGUCGUCCAUCUACCGGAGACUGAGGGUUGUAUAAGACGCGUUUGCGCUAUUUCAAAGCUGGACUGGUGGAUAUGUCGGGCACAACGAGAUAUUCAAGUUGACGAAGGAACAUGGGAGGUACCUGCGUUGCCGCUGGUGCUUUACACUGUUCGACGUACUUUGGGCGAGCGGACAUUUGACGAAGCCGUAAAGGCAAUGAGGGAUGUAAUACCGCCACCGUCCUCUUUGGAGUUAUCGAAUCUAGACUACCUGGCUUGCUUCCUCAAAUAUAUCGAGACGACUCCGCCGAAACAGAUAAGACCGAGCCUUACUUCGAGCAGUACUAUUAAGGCAGCCCGUGGUUCUGAGGCAGCCCGUGGUUCUGAGGCAGCCCGUGGUUCUGAGGCAGCCCGUGGUUCUGAGGCCACCCCUUGUCCUCGGUUCUCCAUUCCGUCCGGCUCCAAUUCCCGUCCAGCGCCAGCUUGUUCAUCAUCCAAUAACUCGGUUGAUCCCGACAGAGAGGUUGAUCCGGAUAGGUCGGUUGCGGCGGAGAUGGCGGCCUUUGUGGCCCGCGUGCUUGAAGAGUGUGCGACCAAAGAGAGAGGCGAGGGAGUAGGUCAAACGCCAGGGGAGAAGCUGAGUCUAGCAGAACUUGGCUUCCAGAACUUUCGGGCUGCCUUGCCCUCCGUAGAGAGGUCAGAAAAAAGGGACCGGAGAGCGAAGAGCCCUUACGGCUCCUGUGGAUGGCGAUGGUUAUGUCUGGUGGGAUUGAUGAAUGACUACUUGGAGCCGAAUGAGCUUCACAAUUUAAUUGCCGAUAGUGAAAAGAUUGUGCCUCGGCCAAAACAUGUGUCACCAUUAUGGUACUUGGCCUGUCAGAUGCAGACCUGUCUGAGAACAACCUGGGUGAAAGCACCGCCACAAUGGUGGUUACUCCGCAUAACAGUUUACCGUGAUCAUUUCCCCCAAACCUUCGGCGAGUUGCCGAUGUCGGAGAUGUCCAGUCGCUUAAUUGCUUUCACUUCCCGAGCUGCGCAUUGGAUUGCAGCCGGAAUGCGCAAAUUCCAUCUGACCCGCAAGACAUGGUCACCUACCUCAAAUGACGACAUUGUGGAUGUAUUCCACAAAGUACUAGGAGACCACUGGUUCAGCGAAAUGAUCAAUAUAAUCAGACCAAAAAUCUGUAAAAUUGUACCCGAGGAGGGCAAACUACAAAUGCAGCAGUUACAAGACAAGUGCAUCAUGAGAAUCCUCUUCAAGUACGCGCACGUAGAUCGAAAGCUGGCCUCUGCACUUUGCAGAGCUUGGCAGUUCGAUGUGCCCCUGCAUCCCAAGAGACGGGAUCUCAGGAGACCGGGUGAGAUAACGGAAAUAAAUUCGUCUGAGGACGAACCGCCCUCGAAAAAAGUACGCAAACCGCUCGCCUAG